CUUCCGACACUGUCUGCCGCUGUCUGCCAACAGAGAUCGUAUCUUUGGAUCCUUUUUGGAUCUUGGAACAAGGAUCUACUUAUCAUUUCUGAGCUAUUUCUGGGCCCAAUCAGUUCCACUCACAUUCCUGUCAAGAUGCAAGCAGAGAAGCCUUCAACCAAAGAGAAGAAAAAAUCCAAGGGCGAUCCUCGCCAAAUGGAAGCAGCCGCUGGUGCUGGAGUGCCCCCACCCAACACCAACCGUCGUGCAGCUGCUGCUGGAUACCUCGCAGCUGGUGCUGGUCAUUCUUCUUUUGGAAGUGGUACCACAGGUAAAGCAUGGGUCCCAGUCGCUUCUUCUUUCUGUACUGCUAACAACGUUGUCCAAUCCGAGCAACGCAAACAGCAGCAGGCAGUGAAGAAAUACGUUGAAGAAGAGGAAAAGAAGAAAAAGGAAGCCGCUGGAACGAUGAUUUGCGACUUGAGGACACCUCCCAGCAAUGUAAGCAACUUGUACGCUGUAGGAUCUAAUCCCCCACCUGCCCCUUCCAUUGCUCGUAAACCUUUGCCUUUCGGUGGUUACUACAAUAUGGAGUAUGAGCCAGCUCUGUACGGAAUCAAUGCUGUACCCUCGAUUCUUUCUGCUACUGGUCAUCGCUCUGGUCGUGCCAGUGCUCCGCCAUCCCUUCCUUCCCCUGAACAGCAACGUCGUCAGGGAUUGAUGCAGCCAAGCAAGGACUUGGCUGUUUCAAUCAAGAAGGAGCAGACUGUUAAGCCCAACAAGAAGAAGUCUGGCAAAAGCAAACUCGGCGCCAGUGCUUGGUUUACGGAGGAGGAACGAAACGAUCUUUUUGACGAGAUUAAGAAAGCCCUACCUAUUGGAAAGCUUGAAUGGGAAAAGGUUGGCGAGGCUUACAACAAGAAGAAUGCUGACCGCCCCCGUGAGAUGCCUAAUCUCAGAGCUCAAUUCAAUAAGUAUGCUUUGGCCAAGCCACCUACUGGUGAUCCUGACUGCCCACCCUUGGUUCGUGAAGCCAAACAGAUUGCUCGAAUGAUUAAAGAGAAAGCUGGGAUGGACAAUAUGGCAGAGAAUGGUGAUCCAUUCAAUCAACCUUACUCUAGUCAUGACACUACUCCCACGGACACAUCCAAGAGUCAGACGAAAGCUGUGAAGAAAAAGGCAAAGCAAGCGUCGUGCAGAUGA